AUGAUGAACAACUUAAUCACCCUACCCGAACUUAGAAAACCUCUUCAACAUCUUCAAUGUUUCAGUUCUUCAACAAACUACAGCUACCCAUCGCAAUCGAUUUUUCAAAAUAGUAAUAUCAAUGUUAAUGCUCCAUUAUCAUCAUCAAUAUCAUCGUCUCCAUCAUAUUUAUACAGUAUAAAUACUUCUAGCUACCAUGACCAAACCUUAUCUAUCCCAUCUAGCCCUAGAAUUAAUACUGCUAAUCGUCAACAUCCAGUUCUCCAAUCACAAGGUCAUGGAUUUCUCGGUUUGGUUUCCACGGAGACUUACCAGCAGGAGGUAAAAGAAAGUUCUACCCUUGUCUUCUUUGGAGGUGAUCAAGCUAGUUGCAGUUCUAAUUCCGAUGGGAGCUGCCAUUAUGAGUAUCGUAGUACUGUUGGUGUAUAUGAUCAACAUCAUAACAACUUGAGUGAUUCUUACAAGGAAUUUGGUGGGCAUUAUGAUAAGGAAAAAGGAGAAACCACUUGUUAUCUAAUGAUAAUAGAGAUGGUUGGCAUUCUCUAUAUUUGGUACAUAUUAAACUUUACUAUCAACAGUAAUCUGAAAAAAGAAGAAGAAAUAGAAUGUGAUGGAAUUUGA